UUGUGUUGACUCUCUCUCCGUCCGACAAAAUAAUUGAAACCUUGGUUAGGUGUGAAAAUGUGGAAAUCAGUGGGAAGCAUUGUGUUGCUGUCUUUCUUUCUGGUUUUGGUGUUUUCGGUGCUGAAUGUGUUUGAUCUGCUGCAUCCUCAUACUCCUUUUUCCUUCAAUUCCACUCUCGCAUCCCAUGCCCAACACCUCCUUCACUACUUUCCCAUCGGAAAACUAGAUAGAAUAUUUGCAGAAACCGCAACGACUGCGCCUGCAACCCCGAAUGUAAGUAUGAGGAAGGACUGUUACCUUGAGGGGCCUGUGUUGGAGGAAUACACAUUUCCUGCACAUUCUGCUCCCUUCAAUAGCUGCCAUGCUUCUACCAUUGUUGAGGUUGAUAAAGAUCACUUCUUGGUUGCCUAUUUCGGAGGUACGUCAGAGGGUGCACCUGAUGUGAAGAUUUGGUUGCAGACCUACAAGAAUGGCUAUUGGCAGUCACCUGUCGUUGCUGAUGAACAACUUGACACCCCUAUGUGGAACCCUGUAUUGUUCAAACUUCCAUCAGAGGAGCUGCUGCUGUUCUAUAAAAUAGGACAAGAGGUUCAAAAAUGGAGUGGAUGCAUGAAGCGGUCAUAUGAUAAGGGUGUUACUUGGACAGUAAGAGAGCAACUUCCUCCUGGUAUAUUAGGACCAAUAAAGAAUAAGCCUAUCUUGCUGGAAAAUGGUAAUUUUCUAUGUGGAUCCUCUGUCGAAAGCUGGAACUCUUGGGGCGCAUGGGUGGAGGUCGCAACAGAUUCUGUUAGGUCGUGGAGAAAGUACGGUCCUAUUUAUGUUGAAAACGAAACUCUUAGUGUCAUUCAACCGGUUCCUUACCAGACUGCAAAAGGGACCUUGCGCCUUUUAAUGCGAUCCUUUGAUCAGAUUGGGAGAGUUUGUGUUGCAGAAUCCAACGACGGUGGCCAGAACUGGAAUCAUGCAAUACCUACUGAACUCCCCAAUCCAAACUCAGGUAUUGAUGGGGUAAAGCUAAGAGAUGGCUUUAUUUUACUUGUUUACAACACAGUCUCAAGGGGUGUACUUAAAGUUGCACUCUCAAAUGAUGAUGGGGACACAUGGUGUGAUGCUGUGACAUUGGAGGAGUCUUUGGGAAUGGAAUUCUCGUAUCCAGCUGUUAUUCAGGCCAGUGAUGAUUCUGUUCACAUCACUUACACUUAUAAUAGGACACAAAUUAAGCAUGUUGUCCUUAAGCCAAGAUUACGCAAGGACCCAUGAACAAAGGAAACUAGAAGACAUGUCUUAUUCUGUCUGCAUUGCCGGCCAAUUUGUGAGCAGAGUAUCAUUACAUGUACAAUACCUUAACUGGUAACAAUCCUUUGUAAAAUUCAAUUUGCUCAACUAUAAUAUCUACUGUGUGCAGCAAAGAAAUUGACUUUGUCAAGUAUUUGUGGUUUUUAGUCUCACUGGUACAAAAAUCAAUAUUUUUUCUUGCCUUA